GGUCGGCGGGGUUUUCGCUGCGUGGAGGAGCCGUGUGGCACCCGAGACUGCGCGCGCGCGCUCUGCCCACGGCACUGGGACAGCGAGGGGCACGGGGCUCUCCGAGCGCGGGACUGGCCGCGCCGUCCAGCCCGGGGUGUGCAGUUUUGCCCUCCAAGCCAAGAGGAAGAUGCCCGUCGGCGCCGAGCUCGGGCUGCGGGGCUGAGCGCCUUCCUUCCAGUAGCGGCAGCAGCACUGCCCUCGGCCGGCGUCGGCAGCGGCACUUGGCGUGCGCGGGGGCUCAGGAACCGGCCCAGAGCGCGGCGGGAGGACGAGAAGGGCCGGCUGAACACGCCUAGCCCGAAUUUGUGGGGUUUGCAGCGAGCUCGGGCGGGUCGGCCCGAAUGGGCGCGGGGUUCGCGGUCCGGGCCGGGUGCUGCGGAGCGGCCCUGGCACCAGGGGCCCGCUGAGCGCCGGAGCCGCAGCCGCGGAGAGAACUUGUGCUGGCGGCUAUGCCCCGGCGCGGAGCCUAGUGCCGAGCGCAAUCCCCGCGGGCCUGCCCGCGCCUGCGGCCGCCCGGGACCCCACAGUCCCCGCGCCCGGAGUUCGCGGCGCGCUCCAGACAAGAUGGCGCGGCCGGUCCGGGGAGCGCUCGGGGCCCCGCGCCGCUCGCCUUGCCUUCUGCUCCUGUGGCUGCUGCUGCUUCGGCUGGAGCCGGCGACGGCUGUGGCCGGCCCGCGGGCGCCCUGCGCGGCCGGCUGCACUUGCGCUGGGGAGUCUCUGGACUGCGGCGGGCGCGGGCUGGCGGCGCUGCCCGGGGACCUGCCCUCCUGGACGCGGAGCCUAAACCUGAGCUACAACAAACUCUCUGAGAUUGACCCUGCUGGUUUUGAGGACUUGCCGAAUCUACAGGAAGUGUACCUCAGUAAUAACGAGUUGACAACCAUCCCAUCCCUGGGUGCUGCUUCGUCUCAUGUCAUCUCUCUCUUUCUACAACACAAUAAGAUUCGCAGCGUGGAGGGGACUCAGCUGAAAGCUUACCUUUCCUUGGAAGUGUUGGAUCUGAGUUCAAACAACAUCACGGAAGUCCGGAGUUCCUGCUUUCCACGCGGACUGCCUCUAAAGGAGCUCAACCUGGCGAGCAACCGGAUUGGCACCCUGGAGUCGGGAGCAUUUGAUGGUCUGUCACGGUCGCUGCUAACUCUUCGCCUGAGCAAAAACAGGAUCACCCGGCUUCCUGUAAAAGCAUUCAAGUUGCCCAGGCUAACACAACUGGAUCUCAGUCGGAAUCGGAUUCGAUUGAUCGAGGGCCUCACGUUCCAGGGGCUUGACAGUUUAGAGGUGCUGAAGCUUCAGCGGAACAACAUCAGCAAUCUGACAGACGGGGCCUUCUGGGGCCUGUCCAGGAUGCAUGUGCUGCACCUGGAGUACAACAGCCUGCUGGAAGUGAACAGCGGCUCUCUGUACGGCCUCACAGCCCUGCACCAGCUGCACCUCAGCAACAACUCCAUCUCCCGCAUUCACCGUGACGGCUGGAGCUUCUGCCGGAAGCUGCAUGAGUUGGUCCUGUCCUUCAACAACCUGACUCGGCUGGAUGAGGAGAGCCUGGCAGAGCUGAGCAGCUUGAGUGUCCUGCGUCUCAGCCACAAUGCCAUCAGCCACGUCGCGGAAGGCGCCUUCAAGGGACUCAAGAACCUGCGAGUCUUGGAUCUGGACCACAACGAGAUUUCGGGCACAAUAGAGGACACGAGCGGCGCCUUCACAGGGCUCGACAGCCUCAGCAAGCUUACUCUGUUUGGAAAUAAGAUCAAGUCCGUGGCUAAGCGAGCAUUCUCGGGGCUGGAAGGCCUGGAGCACCUGAACCUUGGAGAGAAUGCAAUCAGGUCUGUCCAGUUUGAUGCCUUUGCGAAGAUGAAGAAUCUUAAGGAGCUCCAUAUCAGCAGUGAUAGCUUCCUGUGUGACUGUCAGCUGAAGUGGCUGCCCCCGUGGUUGACGGGCAGGAUGCUGCAAACCUUCGUGACAGCCACCUGUGCCCACCCAGAAUCGCUGAAGGGCCAGAGCAUUUUCUCAGUGUCGCCAGAGAGUUUCGUGUGUGACGACUUCCCGAAGCCACAGAUCAUCACCCAGCCAGAGACAACCAUGGCCGUGAUGGGCAAGGACAUCCGGUUCAUGUGCUCGGCAGCCAGCAGCAGCAGCUCCCCCAUGACCUUCGCCUGGAAGAAGGACAACGAGGUCCUGGCCAAUGCUGACAUGGAGAACUUUGCCCACGUCCGCGCGCAGGACGGGGAAGUCAUGGAGUAUACCACCAUCCUGCACCUUCGUCAGGUCACCUUUGGACACGAGGGUCGCUACCAGUGUGUCAUCACCAAUCACUUUGGCUCCACCUACUCACACAAGGCCAGGCUCACCGUGAAUGUGUUGCCGUCAUUCACCAAAAUGCCUCAGGACAUUGCCAUCCGGACUGGCACGAUGGCCCGCCUCGAGUGUGCCGCCACCGGCCACCCCAACCCCCAGAUUGCCUGGCAGAAGGAUGGAGGCACAGAUUUCCCCGCUGCUCGUGAGCGCCGCAUGCACGUCAUGCCCGAUGACGACGUGUUUUUCAUCACUGACGUGAAAGUAGAUGACAUGGGGGUCUACAGCUGCACCGCCCAGAAUUCCGCCGGCUCCAUUUCAGCUAACGCCACCCUGAGUGUCUUAGAGACCCCAUCCUUGGCGGUGCCCUUGGAAGACCGUGUGGUGUCUGUGGGAGAAACGGUGGCCCUUCAGUGCAAAGCGACGGGGAGCCCUCUGCCCCGCAUCACCUGGCUGAAGGGGGGCCGCCCGCUGAGCCUCACGGAGCGGCACCACUUCACCCCGGGCAACCAGCUGCUGGUCGUUCAGAAUGUGGUGGCAGAGGACGCAGGCCGGUACACCUGCGAGAUGUCCAACACCCUGGGCACCGAGCGAGCUCACAGCCAGCUGAGCAUCUUGCCCACCCCUGGCUGCAGGAAGGACGGGACCACCGUGGGCAUCUUCACCAUCGCCGUGGUGUGCAGCAUCGUGCUGACGUCACUGGUGUGGGUGUGCAUCAUCUACCAAACCAGGAAGAAGAGUGAGGAAUACAGCGUCACCAACACAGAUGAAACUAUGGUGCCACCAGAUGUUCCAAGCUACCUUUCUUCUCAGGGGACCCUGUCUGACCGACAGGAAACUGUGGUCAGGACUGAUGGUGGCCAUCAGGCCAACGGGCACAUUGAGAGCAACGGUGUCUGCCCGAGAGACGCAAGCCUCUUUCCAGAGGCCGACGCUCAUGGGAUUCCGUGCAGGCAGCCGAAGCUCUGUGCUGGCUACAGUAAGGAGCCGUGGAAGGUGACAGAGAAGGCUGACGGGACACCUGCUCCACGUAAGAUGGAACCUAGCGGCGCGACUGUGUGUAGCGACUGCAACGCUGACGUGGACGGUUACUCCAAGGAACAAGCCUUUUACGCCCAGCCUGUGUCCAAAGACAGUACACAGCCGAGGACACUCGGUGGCCAGGAGCCCAGUCGGAAUGACCGAGAACAUUCUCCACCGCAGCAGAGCAGUGAGACUGUUGACGGGUCUUGCACCGACUACAGGGAGUCUCUGUACCCCAGUAACCACGACAGAAUGCUGAUGGCCUUGAAGAAAAAGCCAGCGGCAUCACUAGAUGGAAAAGGGGACUCUUCUUGGACUUUAGCAAGGUUGUAUGAACCGGACUCCACAGAGCUACACGCUGCGUCGUCAUUAACUUCGGGCAAUCCAGAGCUCACGGAGGCCGCCUCGGGCUUUCCUGCCAUCCCCAGCGAAGCCCAGCACUUGCUUAUUUCCAAUGGCCACCUGCCCAAGGCAUGUGACUCUGACCCUGAGUCCACAGCACUGACAGGACAGCUCCCUGGGAACCGGAGGGUGCCACUGACGCUGGCACCGAAAAGCUAGGCUUUGUCUACCUCAGCUCUUGUCGUACCAGUCUCCGCGGGGGAGAGAGGUAGGCGAGGCCGUGAGGAAGCUUGGGUUCAAGCGUCACUGAUCUGUACAUAGUCCUGACUUCCACGUGGAGUGUCGGUCGUUCAAAGGACUUGCAUCUGAAGCACAGAAAUGCAAGAGGCUAUUUGUGUACAAAAGGCAGAAAAAGUAUUUGAUACCAUUGUACAUAAGAGUUUUCAGAGAUUUCAUAUAUAUUAUAUAUCUUUUACAGAGGCUAUUUUAAUCUUUAGUGCAUGGUUAACAAAAAAUUAUACAAUUUCGACAAUAUUAUUUUUCAUAUCAGGUUGCUGUUUAAUUUUGGAGGGGGGGUGGGGCAUAGUUCUGGUGCCUUAAUGCAUGGCUGGAAUUUAGAGUCUAAAACCACAUUUGUUCCCAGGAAUUGGUGGGUUGGGAAGGACGGGCGGUCCUGGGAUUGGUAUUGCACUUCGUAGGACAGACCCGUAGCUGCUCGACAGUGUGCGUUGGAAGUAACUGCACCUCAGUGUUGCUCGCGUGGACGCUCGGGCAGCGAGCCGCCCGGGGAGCCGGAGGUGCAGCUGCCACUCACCUUUGCAGUGAGUGACUUUGACGUGUAAGUAAGUUCUUUCCUUAAAGAGUGGAAUGAGGGUUGUUCACCACAAGCAACUGGUCAGAACAAUUAAGCACUGCCUUUCUUCCUCCUUUGAGGCUCAUUUUGUAAUACAAACAAAUGUGGUCUUUCGGUAUCCUUUGAUUCCUAUUUGAGGCUUUUUAUUAAGGUAAAGGCUGCUGGUGUUGGUACCUGUGGAUUUUUUUCAAUAGUGAUGUUUUAGUUCUGCCAGUAUAAUUAAUAUUGCCUUGGGGGCUACAAAGGAUAAAGUUCUUACUUUUCAGGGCUAGCUUAUUGCUACUGAGAAUCCAGAGCAGGCCUGUCCUCGCCGCCGUUCCCUCGCACAGAAGGAUCUGGGCCGGGAUUGUACACGAUUCAGCCCUCCACCUGGGUUCUAGGUAUAUUUGCACUUUCGAGACCUGUAGCUAACCAUCUUGUGAGUGCCAGUGUGUGAGUAAGUUACAUUGAAACAGACAAGGUCCUUAAAAAUCUCAGAAAGCAAGUUCCUUUGGCUAAAAAGCUGAAGGGGGAGGUAUUGACAAAAUGGUUACCUAUGUUAAAUUUUACUGUCCGAUGUCAUCACUGUUCCAAAAGGUAAGCACAUUUAGAAUUGUGUUCUCAAUGGUUAACCGAUUGUUACUUCCACAAAAUAUGUGAAUUUGCUGCUUCUGAGAGGCAAUGUGAAAGAGGAAGUAUUACUUUUAUGUAUAAAGUUAUUUAUUUAUAGAAAUUUUGGUACAAUGUACAUUGAAAACCAUGUAAAAUAUUGAAGUGUCUAACAAAUGGCACUGAAGUGUCUUUAAUAAAGGUUCAUUUAUAAAUGU